GGAAGCGGAAGCGCCGGCGGGCAGGGCUGGCGCACGGUGCGAGUGACGGUUGCUCGCGGCUCCGGCGCAGAGCGGCCCCGGCCCCGCCAUGGUGCGGCUGCACGUGAAGCGCGGCGACGAGAGCCAGUUCCUGCUUCAGGUGUCCGGCAGCGCCCGCCUCGCCGAGCUGGCGCCCCUCGUCGCCCGCAUCUACAAUGGCAGGCUGAAGGUGCAGCGGCUCUGCUCAGAGAUGGAGGAGCUGGCAGAGCAUGGUGUUUACUUGCCUUAUAACAUGCAAGGACUAACAGAUGAACAAAUCGAAGAACUGAAGUUAAAGGAUGAGUGGGCAGAAAAGUGUGUACCAAGUGGUGGAAGUGUCUUCAAGAAGGAUGAAAUUGGGCGAAGAAAUGGACACGCUCCAAAUGAAAAAAUGCAGCAAGUUAUAAAGAAGACAAUAGAGGAAGCCAAGGCAUUAAUCUCUAGGAAACAAGUUCAGGCCAACGUGUGUGUUAAUAUGGAGAUGGUGAAAGAUGCAUUGGACCAGCUCCGAGGGGCUGUGAUGAUUGUGUAUCCAAUGGGAUUGCCUCCACAUGAUCCAAUUAGGGUGGAGUUGGAAGAUAAAGAAGACUUGUCAGGAACUCAUGCUGGACUUGAGGUUAUAGAAGAAUCAGAAGCACAAUUAUGGUGGGCAGGAAAGGAGUUGAAUGAAACAAAGUUGCUCUGUGAUUAUAUAGGCAAAAAUGAGAAAACAACCAUCAUUGUCAAGAUACAGAAAAAAGGACAAGGAGCUCCAGGGCGUGAACCUCUGAUUAGUCAUGAAGAGCAAAAACAGAUGAUGCUAUACUACUACAGAAAGCAGGAGGAGCUUAAGAAACUAGAAGAGGAUGAUGACGACUCAUUUCUAAAUGCAGAGUGGGCAGACAACCAUGCUUUGAAAAGGCAAUUUCAUGGUGUAAAAGACAUCAAGUGGGGUCCGAGAUGAAGCUCUGCAGGCCCCUUUUUGCCUCUUUAAGCUGCUUGGUUGAUAAACUUGUUUGCAGUGAGGAGUUGUGUUGUGUGUGGUGGAUUCUUCUGGCAAAAGCUGGAAGUGUCACUUCCAUAGCAGGUGCCUGUUUCACCCUUAGGUUUUCAAUAGACAUUUUGAUUUCUGUGUAACUGUAGCAGUCCUUGUCUCUGCAAAGAAUGGAAUCAAUCCUGUUGAAAUUUGCCAUUUUAUUAGAAACUCGGAAUUUGAAUACUGAAAUGUUAAAGUAUUUCAUAGAUAAUAUAAUAAAUAUGCAAUAGAACGUUUGGUAUCA